AUGUGACCUUACAGCUGUAUAGGACAAUAUACCGAAUAGUGAGAAGUAUCAAAUUAAAAAGCUGUGCUUAAGCAAAGAAGACACUUAGAACUUGAAUUUAUUUUGGCAGUUACUUAACGUCAGCAAUAAUGACUAACUUUAAAAGGAGAGCAAGUUUAUCUAGAUUAGUGAAAACUCCCGAAUGGGAAGAUGAAUACUUGACAGGCAACGUAGUCGCUUCUAAUCGUUGGUUCUUUGAGGUGUCAUGGGAAGUUGCCAACAAAGUUGGUGGCAUUUAUACUGUCAUAAAAACAAAAGCUAGUGUGACAGUUGAAGAAUUAGGCGAACAAUACUGUCUUAUAGGCCCAUAUAAUGAGAACAUCGUUAGACAAGAGGUGGAAAUACUUGACCCACCUUCGGAGAAUUUUGCUAAUACUAUUAAACAAAUGAAUGAACAUGGUAUCAAGGUCGUCUAUGGUAGAUGGUUGAUUGAAGGUUAUCCAAGAGUCAUUCUCUUUGACAUUGGAUCAGCUGCAUAUAAACUUGACCAAUGGAAAAACGAAAUUUGGGAAUGUAGCCACAUUGGAGUUCCGUGGCACGAUCAAGAAGGAAACAAUGCAAUUGUUUUUGGAUUUUUAACGGCUUGGUUCUUGUCUGAAUUUCAUAAGAGCUGCGAAGAUCCAGAAACUUAUAUUGUUGCCCAUUUUCACGAGUGGUUGGCAGGCAUCGGCUUAGUCGUUUGUCGAACUCGAAAAAUCCCUAUCGGAUUGGUUUUUACCACUCACGCUACUUUACUUGGGCGCUAUUUAUGUGCUGGAAAUGUCGACUUUUAUAAUACAAUUAAAGGGAAAAUCGAUAUUGACAAAGAGGCCGGUGACAGAGGCAUAUACCAUCGAUACUGUAUGGAAAGAGCUGCUGUUCACUGCACACAUGUUUUCACUACAGUAUCUGAUAUAACUGGUUUCGAAUCAGAGCACUUACUUCGUAGAAAACCUGAUAUCAUCACUCCGAACGGUCUGAAUGUCAAGAAAUUUAGUGCCAUCCACGAAUUUCAAAAUCUACACGCGCAAGCUAAAGAAAAAAUUAACGACUUUGUUCGUGCUGGUCGCUACGAAUUCGUUAAUAAAGGAGCCGAUAUGUUUAUAGAAUCAUUGGCCCGGCUGAACCAUCACAUGCAACAAAAGAAUGUGGAUAUAACAGUUAUAGCUUUUCUGAUAUUUCCGGCUCGCACAAACAACUUCAAUAUUGAGUCGUUACGAGGUCAAGCUAUAGCCAAGCAGUUAAAGGAAACCGUAAACGAGGUUCAAAGAAGCGUUGGCGCAAGAUUAUAUGAAAUAUGCUUAAGAGGAAAAAUUCCUAGCGAGAAAGACUUAUUGAACAAAGAAGAUCUGGUAAAAUUGAAGAGGGUUAUUUAUGCUUCACAGAGAUCCAAUCUUCCCCCUGUUUCUACUCAUAAUGUUGUAGACGAUAAUAACGACCCUGUUCUAAACGCCGUUAGACGAUGCCACCUAUUUAAUAACCAUCAUGAUAAAGUUAAAGUUAUCUUUCAUCCCGAAUUUCUAUCAUCAACAAAUCCUCUUUUUGGUUUGGAUUAUGAGGAAUUUGUUCGCGGUUGUCAUUUGGGUGUUUUUCCUUCUUAUUAUGAACCAUGGGGAUACACUCCAGCUGAGUGUACAUUGAUGGGUAUACCAAGUAUUACUACAAAUCUGUCAGGAUUCGGAUGCUUCAUGCAGAAUCAUAUAGAUGAUCCAAAAUCACAUGGAAUUUAUAUAGUUGAUAGGAGAUACUGCUCCCCCGAGGACUCAAUUAGACAAUUAUCGCAAUAUUUGUUUGAUUUCGCGAGAUUGAGCCGAAGGCAAAGAAUUAUUCAAAGAAACCGGACUGAACGUUUGUCGGAUUUACUAGAUUGGAAGACACUAGGAAUUUAUUAUCAACGAGCAAGAACAAUGGCUCUGGAAAAGGCUUACCCUGGAAAGAUUUUCGAUAAUUAUGAUGCACAGUCCGUUGGUGUGCUCUCUAGACCCGCGUCGGAGCCGCCUAGUCCGUCGCUAUCUAGAGCAUCUUCACCACCACAAUCUGAUAGAGAUAUAGACGAUGACGAGGAUGAAGAUGAUCACGAUAGUGAAGAAGAGAAAAGUGUUUUAAGUCAAUCGGACAGAUGUUAA